CAUGCAGACACCGGUGCUUCUGAAAGCCAAGCGGAGGUGGUGUACCGCUGCUACGUCGCUAUCGCUGUCUAUUUCCGGUAUCUCUCGUAGUUCGCCUGUCAAUGUCUUAGGCUGUCAGUCUCGCACACAACGUGUAGCAGUGAACACCAGUGCUUAUACUGUGGGCCUGUGACGGCGAGUGGAGGAUAAAAGAAGAUGCGGACGAUAAUCGUGAAGAUGCAAGUGCAGAUAACGGCUAUCCUGUGUGGGCUGGGUAGUGGGGCUCCAUCCCCAAUACCAAACAGUACUAGAGAUGAGGUGCUUCAGCUGACUGGAUUCGGUGCGGAGCUAUCUCCCAGUCUACUGCCCGCUCUGUGGGACACCGAAGGAAUAUACUUCCCUAAUCACAGCGCCAGUGUCAGUCAUUGGAGACACUCCAGCAGGCCCUUGCUGCUGACCUACGAGCCCAUGAUUGCCGGCCCGCUGGAGCCACGGCGAUGGCUCAUCCUCGACGUCGGCGAUGAUGAGGACCUUCUGACGGGAGAUCGCCCGAUCGCCGAGCUGUCUGCUGGAGCUCAGCCAUGGGAAGGUCCUGCCGGCGGUUGGCGUACUCGUGACUGUCUUGGCGGGCUGCGCGAGACGGACGCCGAACUGAGGGCGGUCCCCAGCCGACGCCAGUGGGACGACUGCAGCACGCUCACCUGGCGUCUGACCGGACUGGGCGAACACCACCCGAGACUAGCGCUGCUGGCCGGUCAGUUCCAGGUCACGAACGAAUACAGCUCCGGAGCGCCCGUCUACCGCGCCGCCGACACGAGUGCCGUGCUGCAGAGGGUCGUGUCAGGAUCGCGCAGCAGCUGGGUUCUACACUCACCGCGCGACAACGAGACCCAGAUGGCCGCUCUCGGAGAGUACGCGGACCGCAUCAACCUGAUCCGGACGGAGCGGUUCGUGGCGUCGGGGCUACCCGGACAGGACUUUCUCGAUCAGCCGGCCUUCGUUUGCCAUCCGGAGGAAUGGGAGAUGGGCGAUGCCGACUUCACGCUGCCUGACCUCGAUGGGUACAAGGUGACUGACGACAUCCAUGAUCAGGCUCAGUGGAGUCGUCAACGCUUCACAGAAGAAGACAGUGGGGCAUACGCAAGAGCUUUUGGGACCCAACCUGAAGAACACGCUCGGAUGCUGGUCACUACCAGUAUAACCCGCACGAGGAUGGACCUGAUCAUGCUGAGCAUCACGUCGCCUAGAAUCUCACUCACUGACCAGGGUUGUGCAAUCAUUCGACUGCACAACAAGGGCUUCCAGUUGUCAGUGUCCUUCCUGAGAGACAGCGGACACCACGAAGAUCUGCUUGAAACCGGCUCCAUCAGCGGCUGGAGAGAUGUGGUGGUGAGCUUGACCGGGUCUGGACAGAUGACUCUCACUGCCAGUGAUCCCGACGGCCCCAGCAGCCGUCUCGCCGUAACACAGAUACUUGUGUUCAACGAGACAUGCGAUCAGCUGCAGGGACGGACGUCCGCCUGUGAUGAGGACACUUGCUUCAACGGAGGCACGUGCACCAGUGUCACACUCAAGCACCACCUUUGUCUUUGCCCACCUGGUUUUCUCGGACCGCGAUGCGAAGAUCGCGUUGACUGCGGAGAGCCAGAUGUCAUUGCCUUCGGUCAAGCAACACGCGUAUCCGGAAACGCGUACCUGGACCGUGCCUACUAUACGUGUUCUCCGGGCUACGCGCCCUCUGAGACGGUGCUGGGGGUGUCCUGGAGCGUGUGCCAUCGCAACGGCAGCUGGGUAAACACACCGCGCUGUGAGCCGCUCGCCGGACAAGCCUACCUCAAGUGCGACUUCGCCGCCGAGUGUGCGGACUUCAACAUGCGCUUGGACAACGAAUACAACACAGACACGGACCAGGAGUGGGAGAGGAGCGAGCGGCUACGGACGUCCGACAUCCGUCCUCAAGGGGUCUUCCUGACCACGUACCGAGCACGAGGACAGCGUACGCUCACCUCCCGUCUUCGUACACCGUGUUUAGACCUCCAGGCGUCUGGCUGUCUGCAGCUCGACGCCUACCUAUCGAACGCCACUCUGACCGUGAUGGACUGGCGCACGAACCGCGUCUUGUUCCGCACAGAGGAGGGCGGCCGCCGCCUGCUGGUCCCUCUUCAUCCCCAGGCUGGCCCGCUGCUGGUGGUGGCGCAGCUGGAGCCGGGAGAGUCGGAGGCUGCGCUGGACUCGAUCCGCGUGUACCAGUACACCUGUGACCAGCUGCUGAAGGUGACCCUUGCCGAGCCUCGGCCCUGGCCCAGGUGGCCGCCGGCCGGUCAGACCGACCGCUCGCCAGUACUUGUCUCCGUCUCCGAGGAGACGGAGACAAGUACUGGCGAGGCUGCCCCCAUUCUGCUCGUCCUGGUGCCACUUGUGGUCUUGCUAGGGAUAGUAAUGGUGCUGGGAUCCUCGCGAGACUAGCCUGACAAUAAUUGGCAUCGAACAAUAAACCUUGAACUCAGAGCUUGCGAUGUGCCUGCGAUGCGCUGUGAAGAUUUGUUUUCACUGUGAAAAGAGUGUUCUCGUUGGAUGUGCGCGUAAUUUUUAUGUUUUCAUUUUCAUUUUUUGUGUUUUGUGCUUUUGUGCCUUUUCGUUUCGUUCUCAAGAUGUCUUUGUCUUUGUUCGGCGGUUGGGCGCUGCUGCAGUGGUGGCUGCGGUCAGGGAGCCGCCUUUGUGAUUGGUUGUGGGCAGCGCCACGUGACCCACGUGAUGACCCCCGGGCGGUACCAUGUGACCGGGCCGACCCGGGGCGCGCAGCUGCCGGACACCUUUCCGUGCUUCUAUCCUCAGGAUACUGAAAUCCUUCUCCUCCACGCCGCAACCCCCCCCCCCUCC